AAACAACUUGCCUGUUAUACUUGUGUAUUACAAUCGCUCGAAGCCUCAAAUACCAGAAUUUUAUAAUAUCAAUUCGCGAUCAAAAUGUCGAGUAUUGGUAAAAAGGUAAAUGAGCUCUUUAACAUUUCAAAAACUUAACAUAAUACCCUCUAGAGUCCACCUUAGUUCAACAUGAUGGAAACUGCAUCGUAAAUCUUUGCCUCGAACUACUACAUCUAUGUCAUGAUUGCUCAUAUAUUUCACAACAGGUCAACGACCCACACUCUAUCAUCAAGGAACCAGCAGGUGCAGUAGCAUCGGACUCUCUCGCGGCAGAGUCUACCAGAUCUGGCGGAGGCUUCGCCGAAAAUCGUCAUGGCGAACCGUUAGGUGUCAAGGGCUCAAAUUCCACGUUCGCAAAUACCAACACAUCAGGAGCCAAAUCUCUUGAUCCUGCUCCAGAUGCUGAAGCACGAAUGGCGGAGGAAGAUUGGCAGGAAGAGAAGAAGCUUGCAGCAUCUGGAUCAUCUGUAUCAUAUCAGAAAGAUGCUGGUGACCCUAAUGUGCAGAAGGAUACAAGCAACGCGGAAACAGCACCGACUUAUGUUCUCAACCAAUACCAGUCUGGCGGCAAACCAAAAGGAAAGAAUUUGACAGAGAAUGAUUUUGAGAGUAACGAUGCGAAGAAUGCUAGUUUUGAUACGGAUAUUGGAGGAAAGAAUGACCCCAGUCGUGUUGCGGAACAGAAGAUACAGAGGGAAAAUGCUCAAUCGGCAUACGAUAGUGGCUAUCCUAGAGAUAAGGGAGAGCCAGGAGGAACUCCAUAUGAUGUUUUGAGUGGUGAUACUGCUGCUUGAGAAAUUGUCCUUAGGUUUUUUUUUUUACAACA